UUAAAUCCUUAAUCGCCAUCGCCUGUGUUGUUCGAGAGCAAAGGAUUCGCCGAGCGAGAGCCUUCGCCGUCUCGCAGAGUCCCAGGCUCCCAGCCAUCGCCAAUUCGCCGAGAGCCUUCGCCGUUAGUCCUACUGCCCAAGUGCCCAGCGCCGACUGCCGAGCUCCGACGGCCUAGUCGCACACUGCCCAGCACCGAGUCGCCGACUCCCUCAAUCCCAAUUGAAUCAGGUUUGAUUGUUUGAAGCAUGAAGCAAUCAAUUGAUUGUGCGCAAUCACAGUCACAGGAAGUGCCUUCAACGAAUGUUUCUCAUGACUCAUGUAGAGACAGUUCAAAAUGAAGAUACAAGUCUUUCGACAACGGGUGCCUCAAAAUCUCAUGUACCAGACCCUAACAAAAAACCUAGGCCUGGGCGUCGGUAUAUUGUGAAAGGACUGAAAAGAAGGGCAGAGUACUGGAAUGAUUAUGAGUUAUUCCUAGAUGAUCAAGAUAAUGUUCGAGCAGAAUGUGUACAUUGCGACUCUACUUUUGCUGCUGAUUCCGCUCGGAACGGGACCAAAAACUUGAAACUGCAUCAUGCUUGUUGUGAAAAAAAUCCACUGAAUAAAGGCAAAGAUGCAGAAUAUGGAUCGUACUUGGAUGUAUGAGAGACUUUAUCCUGGGAGAAAAGGGUUGAAAACUGAAUUCAUUGAAGGGGUGAAAGAAUUCGUUAGAAAAGCAAAGGAACUUCCACAAUUUUUAUCAGAGGGAGGGAUUCGAUGUCCAUGUGUGAAAUGUGAAUGCAUGAACAUAUUAAGUGAAACAGAUUUAAGAGCUCAUUUAUACAAAUAUGGAUUUCAGCCUAAUUAUUGGACAUGGACAGAACACGGGGAGGAUAAGCCAAUGUUUGAUAUUAGAGAUGACUCAGUUGAUUCUGAUUGAUGAUUUAAAUGAAUUUGAGACGAUGGAUCAUAUGGUUUGCGAUGCUCUUAGACAAACGUUGAGCUCAAAAAUAAGGAAACAGUAGUAGUAAUUCAAAAGAAGGAGACAAUGGCCGAAAGAUAGAUACUUCACAUACAUAUUUCAGAUAGUUAAGCCUAAUUGUAUAGGCAGGGGACAUCAUAGAAUGGAAUAAAGCUAACAAAUUAGAAAACACCAUAAUGACUCCAUAAAAGUUAAGACUAAUGAAGUAAGUAAAACUAAACUAAAAGCAUGAGUUCCCAACAACCAUCAUUUGAACCGCAACUUCAUCCUGUGAUGGCUGCUGCUCCCCUUCCCAGAGGGGGGACCCCU